CAAAAAAUGGCUUUCAACAAACGUAAAAAACAAGAAAUCAUGUAAAAUGAUUUCGAUUAAUAUUAUUUUAACUUUUCAUCGUGCACAAAUCACUUAAUCAUGGUUGCCGGGGCUCUGGCCAAAACAUUAUGUUCGUUCAUAUUCGAUACAGUCAAAUGCGAAGCCGGGAAAGAUAACGGCUUCGGGAGAAGCUACAUUUGGGCUGGUUCUCUAGAAUCCGGCAUUCAAAUAGCCACUAACCACAAAAAGCCCGUGAUGGUGAUCAUUCACAAAUCUUGGUGUACCGCCUGCAAGAAACUGAAGCCUAAAUUCGCUGGUUCGAUCGACUUACAAAAUCUGAGCAAGCAUUUCGUCAUGAUUAAUUUGGUCGAUGAGGAAGAACCCGCUAGCAGCGCUUUUGCUCCAGAUGGAAAUUACAUACCCAGGAUUAUAUUCCUGUCGCCAGAAGGAUCGGUUGACCAUGACAUCUACAACGAAGACGGGAGCAGCCAACACAAAUAUUUUUACAGCAAACCGGAACAGAUCGUGAAAUCUAUGAGAAAAAUACUCGAAAAAUACAAACACGAACAAUUCGAUGCUUAA